GAUUUACCUGAAGUUGUACAAGUGCGCCCUUAACCCUCCCUGUUCUCGAGAAGAACGCCAUUUUCACGCGGUUGGUUUGCUUCCACGAUGAACGGCGGGCCUUCCGGCUUCCACAAUGCCCCCGUCACCAGGUCAUUCGUAAUUGCGUGUGCUCUCCUCACUUUAAUCUUUGGGGUUCGCGGCCGUUCUGCAAAACUUGGAUUAUCUUACGAGGAUGUCAUACAAAAACUUCGCUUCUGGAAAGUUAUUGCUUCAAUAUUUACCUUCUCAUCAACUCCAGAAUUAAUAUUUGGACUUUAUUUGCUAUAUUACUUCAGGUUAUUUGAGAGGCAGAUAGGUUCUAAUAAAUACUCGGUCUUUGUUCUGUUCUCUUUGUUGGCAUCAUUGUUGUUUGAGAUUCUAGCCUUGAUGAUUCUUAGAGAUCAAACCUCAAUUGUUCUGGUUUCUGGCCCUUACAGUCUCAUUUUUUCCUCCUUUAUACCAUUUUAUUUUGAUAUUCCAGUUUCAUCAAGGCUUCGUAUAUUUGGCAUUUCCUUCUCUGACAAGUCAUUCAUAUAUAUGGCUGGCCUUCAGCUUCUUUUGUCAUCCUGGAAACGGUCCUUAGUACCUGGUAUAUGCGGUAUUUUUUCUGGUUCAUUGUAUCGUCUCAAUGCAUUUGGAGUCCGCAGUAUAAAGUUUCCACACAUCAUUGCGCAAUUUUUCUCACGGCUAUCAUGGUCUACUCCUGGAAGCUUACCUCUGAGGGGUGAUAACGUUACAAGUGUCUCAGCUCAUGCCAAUCGUCAUUUGGAGAGAAACUUUGGUUCUUCAGUCUCAUCAGUCCCAGAACCUACUGAGUCUUCUGUUGCUACAUUAGUAUCAAUGGGUUUCGACGAUAAUUCUGCGAGGCUCGCACUCGUGCGGGCUAGGAAUGACAUCAAUGUCGCAACGAACUUCCUCAUUGAAGCUCAGUCACACUAAGGGACGCCGUAAAUAUAAUUCCAUGGAAAAUAUAGAAUUCAGUCGGAGCAGUUCCCAGCAUAAUCGCUGUGUUACUGGCUUUGCUUUCUUAAGACCUGAAAAAUCAUUCCUUAUGAGAAGAUCCACUGGUAUCACACACAAACACACAAGGUUUUGGUGCCCUUUAUCAUCCCUUGAUUUUCAAAUGUCAUAAUGGAUGUUGAUGCUUUGCUACAAUAUGAUUGUCUUCAUUGAGAUGUUAAUGACAAUGUUAAAACUCGUAUUCAUGAUCAAAUAUUCUCACAAUGAUUCGUCUUUA